UGUAGUUUCCCCUCUUUCCUGAAUAAGUACUACAGGCCGUACAGCGCGAGCCCUUUUCUGAACAAACUGUCCUGCGAGAGACGUUCACUCAUUCAGUCCUCUGCCUUACACGGAAACUUUAAAACGUUAUCAUGAGUGGAGUCCAGUGCUUGGCUGAGGAAAAGAUCUGGUUCGACAAAUCCAAAUACGACGAGGCAGAGCGACGCUUCUACGAGGGAAUAAACGGCGUACCUUCGGCUCCUCAGGAGACAGACGCUAACGGCUUCCUGCAGGACAUGGUUAAAGCCCGCCAGGCUAUCCAGCAGUCCCUAACCGGAGUAAAGACAGCGUUGCAGUCGGGUAAAACACACUCCCGUCCCCAAAAGCCUCGUGAGCGCAAGUCUAGUCAGAAUGCCAGCAAAUCAGAAGAUCAGAGCGAGCUGGUGUCCCGCAUCAAGAGCCUGGAGCUGGACAACAAGAACCUGCACAAAGUGGUCGAUGACCUGAGGGCCAUGCUGUCCAAGCUAGAGAGCAGAAUGUCCGUGUUGGAGAAGGGCCCGAGUUCGGCUCCUAAAGCAGCGGCUGCUCCACAGGCUGCACCGGCGCCGAGACCCAAAGUGGUGGUAAAAGAAGAGGAAGAGGAGGACGACGACAUCGACCUGUUUGGCAGCGACGAGGAAGACGAAGAGGCAGAGCGCAUUAAAGCACAGAGGGUGCAGGAGUACACGGCGAAGAAAGCUAAAAAACCCGCCCUCAUCGCCAAGUCCUCCAUUAUACUCGAUGUCAAACCCUGGGAUGACGAGACGGAUAUGGCAAAGCUGGAGGAGUGUGUUCGUUCGGUGCAGAUGGACGGUUUGCUCUGGGGUGCCUCCAAACUGGUGCCUGUCGGUUAUGGCAUCAGGAAGCUGCAGAUCAACUGUGUUGUCGAGGACGACAAAGUCGGAGUCGACAUACUCGAGGAGGAAAUCACCAAAUUUGAAGACUACGUCCAGAGUGUUGAUGUUGCUGCUUUCAACAAGAUCUGAGCGUUUGCUCGACAAUCACCACCUCAUUUUCAAUGGGCUGCCUGCUGCUUCUCGAUCGCACAGAUACCAAUAAACUGUUACAAAGCCUUA